CAAUGCAACGUGUAUUGGAUGCCAACCGCCGUUAAACCACAUCGAAGAAGAAGAUCCCGUCAUACAGAUGUGUUUAUACCAUAUAGAAUAAUACAUUGAACGAUUCUGAUUGCUCUCACUGGAUCUCAUAAUUUGCACUUACAGCCAAACAAUUACAGAAAAUUAAUUGUUCAGAUCUACCCAUCCUACCAUGUCACAGCCGGGUUCUGGCUGUGGUGUUCCAGCCCAGAGAAGCUCACAACAGGUUCCAGAGGUGAUGUCAGUGAAGCUGGAGGACUGCAGUCAAACACUGGAACUCAAUGUGAUCGUGAAAGAGGAGGAGAGAGAAAUCAAGGAAGAAGAAAACAGUGAUUCAGGAAAGAGCUCCAACCCAGGCUCAGACAGCAAGCCCAGUCCCACAGCAUCAGGAAAUCAUAAACAAUGCAGACAGAAGCCCCAACCCUGCUGUAGCGACAGCUUUAUUUGUCCAACUCACCUCAAAUCACUCAAACAGACUCCCAAAAUAAAGAAGACAUACCUCUGCUCCCAAUGUGGGAAGAGUUUCAGUCGGACAGGAGACCUAAAGAGUCAUCAGAGAUCACACAGUAAAAAUAAGCCAUACCACUGCGCUAGAUGUGGGGAGGGAUUCACUCAGCUUGGAAGUCUAAAAAGUCACCAGAGAAUACAUACAGGGGAGAAGCCUUACCACUGCUCCCAGUGUGGGAAGAGCUUUAAUCGUUCAGGAAACCUUACAGAACACCAAAGAAUACAUACAGGGGAGAAGCCUCACCACUGCACCCAAUGUGGGAAGCGUUUCAGUCGGGCAGGAAUUCUAAAGAAUCAUAAGAGAACUCACACAGGAGAGAAACCUUUCCACUGCUCUGCUUGUGGGAAGAGUUUUACAAGAGAAGUAAGCCUAAAAAAUCAUCAAAGAGUACACACUGGAGAGAAACCUUUCCACUGCUCCACAUGUGGGAGGGGUUUCAGUGAGAAAGUAAAUCUUAAUAGACACGAGCGAGUACAUAGUGAAGAGAAGCCUUACCACUGCACCACAUGUGGAAAGAGCUUUAAUCAUUCAGGAAGCCUUAAGGAACACCAGAGAAUACAUACAGGGGAGAAACCUUACCACUGCACUGAGUGUGGAAAGAAAUUCCGUUUUGCAGGAGAUCUAAAAAAUCACCAGAGAUCACACAGUAGGGAGAAGCCUUACCACUGCUCUAUUUGUGGGAAGAGUUUCAAUCAACCCGGAAACCUAAAGAGUCAUCAGCGAAUACACGUAGAAGAGAAGCCUACCUGUACUGUCAAUGUGAUUGUUAAAGAGGAGGAGGGCGAGAGGGAAAUCAAUGAUAAGGUAAAGAGAGAAGUUGAGGAAAGUAAAGGUGUAGUUGACCCAGGUACCUCAAGACUACCUGGUCGUGGGAGUUACCCCUGCCCUCAAUGUGGGAAGAAUUUUAGUUCCUCAAGUAAUCUAAAGAAUCAUCAAAGAGUACACACUGGAGAGAAACCUUUCCACUGCUUAGCAUGUGGGAAGCGUUUCCGUGAGAAAGCACACCUUAAGAGACAUGAGAGGGUACAUAGUGGAGAGAAGCCUUACAACUGCUUCAAAUGUGGGAAGAAUUUCCGUAUGGCAGAUACCCUACAGAAACACCAGAGAAUCCACACAGGAGAGAAGCCUCACCACUGCUCUCUUUGUGGGAAGAGCUUUAAUCAUUCUGGAAGCCUUAAGGAACAUCAAAGAAUACAUAGUGGAGAGAAGCCUUACCACUGCUCUCUUUGUGGGAAGAGCUUCCAUCAUUCAGGAACCUUUAAGAAACAUCAGCAAAGUCACAUUGGAGUGAAACCUACCUGUAAUCUCAAUGUGAUUGUCAAAGAGGAGGAUGGUGACUGUACUCUCAAUGUGAUUGUCAAAAAUGAGGAUGGUGACUGUACUCCCAAUGUGAUUGUCAAAGAGGAGGAUGGUGACUGUACUCUCAAUGUGAUUGUCAAAGAGGAGGAGGAAGACCCAGAUACAUCGAGACUACCAGAUUAUGGUCGUUACCCCUGUUCUCAAUGUGGAAAGAAUUUUAGUUCCUCAAGUAAUCUAAAGAAUCAUCAGAGAGUACACACUGGAGAGAAACCUUUUCACUGCUCUGCAUGUGGGAAGAGUUUCAGUGAGAAAGCAAACCUUAAGAGACAUGAGAGAGUACAUGAGAAGGAAAAGAGAGAGGUUGAGGAAGAGGAGGAAACUAGUGGUGUAGUUGACCCGAGUACAUCAAGACUACCUGGUCGUGGGAGUUACCCCUGCCCUCAAUGUGGGAAGAGUUUCAGUUCCUUAGGUAAUCUAAAUAAUCAUCAAAAAGUACACACGGGAGAGAAACCGUACCACUGCACCCAAUGUGGGAAGAGUUUCAGUGAGAAAGCAAACCUUAAGAGACAUGAGAUAGUACAUAGUGGAGAGAAGCCUUACCACUGCACCCAAUGUGGGAAGAAUUUCCGUGUGGCAGAUACCCUACAGAAACACCAGAGAGUCCACACAGGAGAGAAGCCUAACCACUGCUAUUUUUGUGGGAAGAGCUUUGAUAAUUUAGGAAGCCUUAAGGAACAUAAAAAAAUACAUAAUGGAGAGAAGCCUUACCACUGCACUCAAUGUGGGAAGAGCUUCAAUUAUUCAGGAAAUUUUAAGAAACAUCAAAGAAUACAUAUUGGAGAGAAUCCUACCUUUACUCUCAAUGUGAUUGUCAAAGAGGAGGAGGAAGAUGGAAAAGAGAGAGAAGUUGAGGUCGAGGAGAGUGUUGUGAAGGAAGAGGCUACAUAAGCUAACUAGGAAAGGAUGCUGUCUUCUGUGUCAGUAUGGGAUUGGGCAGCACCAUUGAGGGUGAUUUCCAUUUUAAAAUAGUCCAUAUCUUCUAUUUCUAUGAGUGUAUUGGAAGGUAGCAAAUAAACUGAAAAGGUACAUACCACCACCUAUUUUGGUGGAGUGUGUAUAAUCUGAACAGGUACAAAGCCAAGGUUGGUGAUUUACUGCUACUUGCAGUUAUGGAAUGUUAGCUCAGGACUAUAAUUCAUUGGUUAACUCCUUCUGCUGACCUGGAUGGAAUUAUACAUUCCUUCCUUAACCCACAGGAAGCCCCACCAUUUUGACUACUUCAAAAUGGUGAAAGUCCUCAAUGGUGUUGCUCAUUAGAGAAGCCUCACCGUUGCUUUCAUUAUAGAAAAUCUCUUAUUCACUAAAGCAUUUGAUAUAUAUUUGUAUAGAAACUGCGUUCCAGGACACAGAUUCAUGCUGAGAGUUCAUCUGACCGUGGGUUGUCGACAAUGCAGCUUUUAAAGGCAAUUUCCGACUGUGCGAACAUAUGCUGAAAACGUUACAUCUUUCUUCCAUUUAUUUUCUUCCAUUUAGCAGAAGCUUUUAUCCAAAGUGAUUUAUUCUGGAUGCAUAGCACAGACAACAAACAACAAUAUCUAACACAUUAAAGGACCAAUCCAAAGUUGAACCAAUAACAAAGCGAGGCACGCUUGUUUUGGUAUAAAGCUUAGGGAUGGACCUGGAGAAAUGUAACCACUUUCACAUUAAUAGGCAGAGCUACGGACUGACUAUUCAUGAUGUCAUGAUGAUCAUUUUAGCUAUGGAGUGACCAUUCAUGAUCUCAAAAUGAUCAUUAUAGCUAUGGACUAACCAUCCAUGAUCUCAAAAUGAUCUGCUAUGGACUGACCAUUCAUGUUGUCAUAAUGAUCUGCUAUGGACUGACCAUUCAUGAUCUCAAAAUGAUCUGCUAUGGACUGACCAUUCAUGAUGUCAUAAUGAUCUGCUAUGGACUGACCAUUCAUGUUGUCAUAAUGAUCUGCUAUGGACUGACCAUUCAUGAUCUCAAAAUGAUCUGCUAUGGACUGACCAUUCAUGAUGUCAUAAUGAUGAUUUUAGCUUUGGACUGACUAUCCAUGAUCUCAAAAUGUUCAUUUUAACCAUGUUUUGGGCUAUACAGGGUUUGUUUACAUUUACAAUGUUUCCAAACACUGGAGGAAAACAAGCUUAUAUUUUGGGGUUCUGAUGGAGUGUGACAGUUGAAAUAAUCUCAUGAGGGAUUAUAAAUGAAUAGUUUUCAAGAAUCAAUAGCGAUUAUACAGUAUCAUUCAUUUAUAAGUCUAAAAAUGUAUGUUACAAUUGCAUAUCGCCCCUUUAAACACUACAGUAUCAUAACCUUACAUAUCAUUACAACAGUUCACAGUAACAGAGGUCAGAUAGGCCUACAGUUUACGUUGUUAAACAAUGUUUCUGCUUUACUUUUUAAACUGAUGAGUGAGAUGUGUAAAGGCACAUUGGAUCACUAUUAUAUGUUGUACAAGGUCAUUGAUAAGUUGAUCUAAAAUACAACCUUCCUGUUGAAACGAGUAGUACAGCAUCAAGAGAAGAAUGCCCUGUGGGAUAUCCUAUUGAAUACAAAAUAUGUCCAUUGAAUCAUCCCGCUGGGCACAGACGUCAGUUCAACGUCUAGUUUUAAUUCAUAUUUGGUUGUGAGUUCAACGUGAAAUCAACAAAACAUUUAGGUCAAAAGUUUUAGCCAAUUUUUUCAAAUUAGAUUCCCUUACAUUUAAAUACUGUUUUCAAAUCCAAUCAGUUUUCCACGUUGACUCAACGUCAUCGCGUUGAAGUUUUUGGUUGAAAUGACGUGGAAACAACGUUGAUUCAACCUGUUUUUGCCCAGUAGGAUUAUGACAGAAUUCAGACAUUCUUUUUUUAAGCUCAGGAGAAGGGCUUGUAUGGAUUGACAUCAGAAGUAAACAAUAUGAGUGUAUUGUUAUGUCAUAAUCUGGAUGUAAUCUGUGUAUAAAAUAUUGCCAAGUAUCCUUGAAUUGAAUUAUAAAUACAAACAGGACAAACUGUC